AUACCUGCCUAACCACCAACCCAAGUCCUCUGCGAGCGAGCGUCUGUUGCAAUUUCUAUCGGGAAUCCGAAGCCGAUUUGGUCAGCAGAAGAGCAAGCAUGAGUUACGAAAGGGUUCCUCAAGAGUCAUACCCUCCACCAGGGUACUCGUCUCCUUAUCCACCACCGCAGCAGGGUUACCCUCCACCGCCGCCUCCUGGAUAUCCUGGGUAUCCACCACCGCCUCCUCCUGGGUAUCCUGGCUAUCCACCACCACCCUCACCGUCUCCAUACCCACCACCGCCUCCUCCUGGCUAUCAGGGUUACUUCAAUGGAGGAUACCCUCCCCCACCCCCACCUCCGCCACCCCAGCAAUACCAAUACGACGAUCAGUCUGGCUGUACCUCAUUCCUUCAAGGCUGUUUGGCUGCACUUUGUUGCUGUUGUGUGUUGGAGGAGUGCUGCUUCUAAGCCUUUUUUGAGGCCUCAACUCUGAUGUACAUGGGAUGUAGUAGUUGCUGCUGUUGAUAUUCACAACCUAUUGUGUUUGAUAUUCUGUUAAAACCCUGUUUUCCAUUUAAUUUAAUAUGGAGAUUUA